GAGGCCACCCUGGAGCUUUGUUUGCGUUCGGUACUUAUAAACUGGCGAGGGGAACAAAUUGCAAGCUUGCUGUUAUUUGGUAGUGGCUUUAUUCGCGACGUUUAUUCUGUGGCGACUCCUCUGGUAUCGGUCGAUACGGCUGUUUAUUUUCUUAUCGAUUUGGAUACCUCUUAACAUCCGACGCAAUGGCCGCCAUCUGGGGUAAUGGUGGGCAAGCAGGCCAGUUCCCCCUUGAACAAUGGUUCUAUGAGAUGCCGCCUGUCACCCGGUGGUGGACAGCUGCCACCGUUGCUACGUCAGUACUGGUGCAGUGCCAUAUCUUGACGCCGUUCCAGCUAUUUUACAGCUUCCGGGCCGUGUACUUCAAGUCGCAGUACUGGCGCCUAGUAACGACGUUUCUCUACUUCGGACCGCUCAGUCUAGACCUGUUAUUCCACGUGUUUUUCCUGCAACGGUACUCGCGCCUGCUUGAGGAAACGUCCGGUCGAUCUCCCGCUCAUUUCUCGUGGCUGUUAUUCUAUGCGAUGGUGUCGCUCUUGAUCAUCUCCCCGUUUUUGUCGCUUCCGUUCCUGGGUACUUCGCUAUCUUCGAGUCUGGUCUACAUUUGGAGUCGCCGCAACCCUGAUACUCGCCUCAGCUUCUUGGGGCUACUUGUCUUUACGGCCCCGUAUCUUCCGUGGGUAUUGAUGGCAUUCAGCCUUGUUGUCCACGGGAUCGUGCCCAAGGAUGAAAUCUGUGGCGUCGUGGUGGGCCAUAUCUGGUACUUUUUCAACGAUGUCUACCCGCCGCUUCACGGUGGUCAUCGCCCUCUUGAUCCACCGAUGUGGUGGAGGCGGUUGUUUGUUUCACAGACGGAUGCACGUGGGACGGACAUGAACAAUGUCAAUGGUGACUUUACCGCUGCUGCGGCGCCUGAAGUGCGUUGAAGGUGAUGCUGUACGUCUUGUGUUUUUAUUUUAGAUCAAAGCGUUGCGACCUUGGUUGUUUACCAUCCUGAUUAUCUUGGACGCGCAUGCAGAAGCAGAUCCUUCCGCCUGAGAACACAGCUUCAAGGCUCUGAUAAUCAUUAAUAGCCGCUGCGUUGUCGCCAGCCUCCCUGGCGAUUCGCGCGGAUUAUCUGCAGUUCCAGGCCUGACGAUCAGCCCUCAAUUUGCUCACUCUCCACUGAUAUACUGUUGGGAGUGGAAACUGGGGAAGAGUCUGGGGUGAAUACAGCGCGGCCGUUGAACUAGUUGCUCUCUCAACGUGUUGUCAAUUCUUACUUAGUACAGUAGGUCCGAUACCAGGAACUGAAUGGAUACUCGGUAGCCUUCAGAUAUACAUAGAACAGCAAUCAAUGAUAUUCCAACCGAUUAACUU